AUGUCCAGAACUGCCUCCUUAUCUCAGGCUUGGAAAAAACCUCCAGAUGGGACCUACAAAAUGAAUUGGGAUGCAUCUCUCGACACUACAAGAGGCCUAGUUGGAAUUGGAGCUAUCAUUAGAGACAGCUAUGGAAGAGUCCUGGGUACAUUUAGAGCUCGGAGAGAAAUCACUCUAUCACCUUAUGCUGCAGAGGUGUAUGCACUGAUGAUGGCUAUCCUUUUUUGUAAAGAAGCUGGCAUUAAUGAAGUUACUCUGGAAGGUGACUCUCUUCAGGUGGUCAAAAAGCUAAAGGAUUCAAGGGAAGAUUGGAGUCCAGGAGGCCUUAUAGUCGAAGACACUAGAGCUGUUUUAAGGUCUUUUGCUUUUUGGAACGUUUGUCACACUAAAAGGGAUGGUAAUGUGGCAACACACUUGCUAGCCAAGGAUGCCCUUUUAAGUGAGUUUGAUCUCUAUGAUCUAGAGGAAAUUCCUAAUUGUAUUAAGCAAGUAGUUGCUAGUGAUGCACUGUAA